AUGGGGAAAGCGGAGCCACACCCGGCCGAGAAUGCGGCGAAGCGGCCGGCGCGGCCCGGUCAGGACACGGACUCGUCGUCGACAUCAGCCGGACUGGAUCUUGAGAAACAGAGUGAGGAAGAAAUCCGGCAAACGGCAACCGACACCAGCGAUGACGAGACCCCAGACCAAGAACACCCACCCAUUUCGCAGCAAGGAACGCACGAAAACGGCGGCGAUGGCCACGGAACCGGCAACAGCGUGCUCUCACGAGUAGCAAGCCGCGUCGUCACUAAAGUCAGCACCAAAUCCAGCUGGAACCCCGGCCCUCCCCCAGACGGCGGCUUGCAAGCCUGGAUAGCCGUGGCCUGCUCCCACCUGGUCGUGAUGAACACCUGGGGCAUCAUCAACUCCUUCGGACUGUUCCAAACGCACUACACCAGCACGCUGAACCGGCCCCCCUCGGACAUCUCCUGGAUCGGCUCGCUACAAAUCUUCCUCCUCUUCUUCGUGGGCGCGCUCACCGGCCGCCUCACCGACGCCGGCUACUUCCGGCACGUCUUUGUCGUGGGCGUGGCCUUCCAGAUCCUCGGCGUCUUUGGCGCGUCCGCCGCCACCCAAUACUGGCAGCUGGUGCUGGCGCAGGGCGUUUGUAUGGGUAAGCGGCGGGCGUUGGCGAUUGCGUUGGGUGCGUGUGGCAGUGCGACAGGCGGGUUGGUGUUUCCGGGUAUGGUGCGUCAGUUGUUGCCUGCGCAGGGGUUCCCCGCGGCGAUGCGGGCCAUUGGGUAUGUGCAGCUGGCGACGUUUGCGGUGGCGUUGGCCGGGCUGAAGCCGAGGAUUCCGCCGCGGAAGAGUGGCCCGUGGGUGGAGUGGAGGGCGUUUGGGGAGGCCGAGUAUACGCUGUACGCGGCGGGGAGCUUUUCGUUCUUCCUCGGGCUGUACUUUGCGUUUUAUUACAUUGCCUCGUUCAGCAGGGACAUCAUCGGGAUGGAUUACACCAGCAGUUUGAACCUGUUGCUGGUCAUCAACGGCGUUGGCAUCCCGGGCCGGGUGAUACCGAACCACCUUGCCGACCGGUACGGGACCAUCAACAUGCUCAUGCCUGCCGCUGGUGCUGCCGGGGUGUGUGUGUUUUCUUGGAUGGCCGUCAAAUCCACGCCGGGGUUGUAUGUGUGGUGUUGCUUUUAUGGCAUCACCGCCGGUAGCAUCCAGAGUCUGUUCCCCGCCGGCCUGAGCAGCCUGACAACGGACCUGCGGAAGGCUGGCGUGAGAAUGGGCAUGAUCUUUACCAUUGUUAGUUUUGCAACCCUGGCCGGACCACCAAUUGCCGGGGCCAUCAUUACGGCUUCGGGGGGGAAGUAUUACGGAGCUCAGGCGUUUGCGGGCGCUACGUUGAUGCUGGCAAUGGUCCUAAUGGCGGCGGCGAGGGCUGUCAAGGUGAAGCGGUUGAUGCGGGAAGCGGGAACGACGGGCUGGGGAUGGCAUGUGAAGGUCUAA